UCGAGAAAUUUUGAACCCCCUGAGGUACGAUGAUGACGAAGAGUUCAGAGGAAAGUGACGCCAGUAAAACAAUAAAGAAGAUCGUCGAUGCAGCCGAACUUGCCAGAGACUUGUUGCAAAUUCAAGAACACAUUAAGGCUUUGGAAUUAACCGAGAAAACGAUUUCUGAUCAUGGGAAUCACGAAAGUUGCUUUUUUCAUCACGAACUGCAAGGUGAUAUCUUUUUUGUGCUAGCCACAGAAACAGAUAACACUGACGUCAAAUGCGUAUACUUGUUUACUUCUGUCGAUGCAUAUUCAAUGGCUACUCUUCUGUGUCCUGACGCUUUGAGGUCCUUUCGUGGCUAUGCUCGUUCGAUGAUCCAGUUGGGUAAUCAGCUUCGGAUAAACCAGUUUUACAAGAAAGCUGUGACCAAAGCAAAACGGGGAUUGUUAGUAACGCAACCUCAAGGACCGUAUAUGUCCCUAGUAGGCUAUAUUGUAGCCUUGGAGGCAGAACUUCAGAAUUUGAUAGAUCUUGCAACAAAAAAGAUGCAUGCGGCUGUGACUGUUUCUGAUACAGGUACUAUGGCUAAUCAGAUUGCAACGAUAGAGAAAGAUCCUUCUUUUGAUCGAUUGAAGAACUUUUGGGUUAAUCUGGAUGACAAGACCAAAAGAGAAUUUUUGGUAGUAGACUCUAGAAAGCUUAUAGACUAUGUAGAGAAUAAGUAUGGUAACAAAGUGAAAGAAGAUUUUGGGAAAUGUGUAUCCGUUGCCAAUAAUCUUCCAUGGAGAGGAUGGAAGUGCCACAUUUGUUCUCAGGUAAACUACAGUUUUACAGAUUGCCAGAGGCACAUCUUAGAUAACCAUGUGCAAAAUUUUGUACCCGAUCCCAGUGGUCGUCCUAAGUGUGUAGAUAAGGUUUUGGCUGACAUGAUAUGUUGUGGAAAAUGGGAGCCGAUGGAUACAGUGGCGGCAGCAAAUCUGAUCAAGGAUAGAGUUUAGCGCGGGGAAGAGUUUGUUUAUGUUAAUGGAUGGUGUAGUGAUUGGCCUGAAGUGAAGGAUGAAGAGCGAAGGAAAAUACUCAAACAGUUUGCUCAGGUUCUUAAAUCUUCUUUCUGUAAUGACAAUGAUACUCUUUCAUGUACCCUUUGGGACUGGUUGAUAGAUUACACAGAAAGGAAUCUGCAACUACUGGAAGUUCCUGGGAGCUAUCUUGAUAAAUGUGGCUUCUUUAAGAACCCUCAGUGCAUCUGCUUCUUAGAUCUUAAGCACCUUGAACACAUCCUCAAAUAUUUUAGACAGCUCACCACAGAUGUUCGCGCGAGUUUAGUUCCAAAAGUAGUGAAUUGUUUCUGGAAAAACUCACGGGUCAAGGAAACAAUCGGUCUUGAGAGACUUACAUUUAAUCUGCUUCUGGAUGGGAGACUGCUGUGUGAAGAAGAGCUUGAAUCAGAUAAGAUAGGGACAGUAGAGCAUUAUAAAUCCACUGCAAUUUAUGAGGAUGUGAUGCCUAAGGGUGAUAAGAUCGUCUCUUGGAUUCUUGACUGCCCAGAAAUCGAUCUGGAAUUUGUGUCUCAAAUGGCAAACGGCUUACACAAUCGUGAGAUAUGGUUAGCAGCUUUGAGAAUAGUACGAGGCAUGGUUAGGAACAAGGAAAGCUACUAUGAUAAGAGACACAAGAUGCUAACCUAUGAGAAGAUGUUGUGUGAGGCAGAGACCAUUUGUGACAGAGAAGACACUAGAAAGAAUGUUAAUCAGCGGAGCACAUAUGAGUUUGCACUUCGAAUGAAAUGUGAGGAGCUUGUAGGUAAGCAAGAUGAUGAUACAAAAUGUUUCUUGACUGUUGUAAGAGAUGUUUUUCAAAGAAAAAGCUCUCCAAGUUUUGAAGUAUCAGAAGAUAAGGAGGAGUGUAUAUCCAAACUCUCUACUACUGUCCCAAAUGAUGAUGUUAAGAAAAGUCUGUGGACGCUAAAGAAAUCUCUGAAGAAGAAGGUAUUCUUCUUCCUCUUCUUUCUGUAUUCAUUUCAACAAGAUUUGAUCUGUGACGGCUGA